AUGGCUGCAACAAGUGAGACGGUCAACGGUAGCAACACCACAGAUCUUGCUGAAAAGAUUAUUGCUGAAAAUACCGAAAAUGCUGAAAAUGUGACCGAACAACUUCCUCCUCACGCUUUUGAACUAUUUCUUGUCGACACUAAAACGUCAUUAAUUGAAUUUUGGAAUCGAGAAUUGAAUAAACUUCCUGCGAAGGUUUUGACCAGGGAUCCUACACCGUGUUUGAAAGUGCAGGUUCAUAAUACACCUUUUCAGGAGUUAUUGAAGACUCACCAGGCUGAAU